UCCCGUAAACAUUGAACAAUCCUCUUCAUUACACACUAAAAUAUAUUCUGGACGAGUCCACUGACUUGAGUUUGAAAUGAUGUUCUGAAAACAUGGACGAUCUCAGCUUCAAAACCAAGUUAAAGAUAUUAGUAGCUACCCUUGUAAUAAAUUUUCUCAUUGCCCCUUCUGUCUCUGAGAUUAUUUUUGAAGAGGGGUUUGAAGAUGGGUGGGAGAGCAGAUGGGUAAAGUCUGAUUGGAAGCGAAGUGAAGGGAAAGCAGGCAAUUUUAAGCAUACAGCUGGAAAGUGGUCUGCUGAUCCUGAUGAUAAAGGUAUUCAGACAUCUAGUGAUGCCAAGCAUUUUGCAAUAUCGGCUAAGAUACCAGAAUUUAGCAACAGGAAUAGGACCCUGGUCCUUCAAUACUCCUUUAAGUUGGAGCAAGACAUUGAAUGUGGUGGUGGCUACAUAAAGCUCCUAUCCGGAUAUGUUAAUCAAAAGAAAUUCGGCGGGGACACUCCUUACAGUUUAAUGUUUGGACCAGAUAUAUGUGGCACGCAGAAGAAGAAGCUCCAUGUUAUACUUUCCUAUCAGGGACAGAAUUAUCCCAUCAAGAAGGAACUGGAGUGCGAAACAGACAAGUUAACACAUUUUUAUACAUUCAUUCUCAGGCCAGAUGCAUCAUAUAGUAUUCUUAUUGAUGGUCGAGAGAGGGAUUCAGGAAGCAUGUACACAGAUUGGGAUAUCCUUCCUCCUCGCAAAAUUAAAGCUGUUAAUGCCAAAAGGCCUGCAGAUUGGGAUGAUAAAGAAUAUAUAGACGACCCAAAUCAUGUCAAACCCGAGGGAUAUGAUUCAAUUCCUCGAGAAAUUCCUGACCCAAAAGCUAAGAAGCCUGAUAGUUGGGAUGAAGAUGAGGAUGGUAUCUGGAAACCCCCAAGAGUGCCUAACCCUGCAUAUAAGGGACCAUGGAAGAACAAGAAAAUAAAAAAUCCCAACUACAAAGGAAAGUGGAAAAUUCCAUGGAUUGAUAACCCAGAGUUCGAAGAUGAUCCUGACCUUUAUGUCCUAAAGCCAAUCAAAUAUGUGGGCAUAGAAGUAUGGCAGGUGAAGGCUGGUUCAGUCUUUGACAAUGUUCUGAUUUGUGAUGAGCCAGAAUAUGCAAAACAAGUUGUGCAAGAAGUCUUUGCUAACAGAGAAAUUGAAAAAGAGGCCUUUGAGGAAGCACAGAAAGAAAUGAAAGCAAGAGAAGAAGAGGAAGCUCGAAGAGCAAGAGAGGAAGGUGGAAGGAGGAAGAAAGCGAGGGGCUAUGAUCGACGAGAUCGUUACAAAGACAGACGCAAUAGGCAUCGUUAUGAUGACAUGGAUGAUUAUCAUGACGAGCUUUAACAGUUUUCAACUCUACUCAACAAUCAGUAGCUGAGUGUCAUCUUUCCUUGUUUAGUUGGUUGUUGUACUAGUUCACCUCAUCUGUAUUACCACCAGUGCCGAAUUCACGACUUGUACUACUAGUUCGCCUUAUCUGAAUUACCACCAGUGUUGAAUUAAUGACUAAACAACCGAACAAUAUCAGAAAUUCUUCAAGUAAUAUCUUCUGUUAUCCAAAAGGGCAUACCCAUGAUUUAAUGUUGACA